AGCAGUGGCCCCUGGAGCUGGCGGGUCCUCCGGGAGGGGAUGGGCCGGGGCCAUGUGCACCACGCUCUUGCUGCUCAGCACCUUGGCCAUGCUCUGGCGCCGGCGCUUCUCCAACCGGGUCCAACCAGAGCCCAGCAGCGCGGUGGACGGGGCAGUGCCCGGCGGCGGCGGAGCGGAAACGGCCCGGCCCUGCUCGGGCAGGUGGGCUGGCGCUGAGGACGUCAAGGCCUAAAGAGCCACCCUGGGAAAAGAAGCUUCUAGGAAACGCAGAGGGUGCGCCCGCUGACCCCUGGGGCUCUGGGAGUCUCUG